GCAACAACAACCUACAAAGUCCCAUUCUUCCGAUCAACUCUAGUUCAUUUUCACACUUUCCCACCAUACCGUUAGUCGUCCCUAUGGCGACACUGCCGCCCCCAGACGAAGCUCGUUUCAAACGCAUUGCAAAGCAAGCCACCGCCGACCUCGUCCGCAAUGCGCUGAGUUUGCCAAAUCUCAAACUCUUAUCUCGCGUGCAGCACAAAGCCACGUCCCGCCAUGCUGUCAUUUAUGGGGGCCACGACAGCACAGAUCCAUCGCUCCCGAUGGUUGGGGCGCACACGUUCCUUCGGUCAUCGUUGACGGACUUGGCCGACUUGUUCCAGCUCAACACCCCCGCCAAAUUGGACGCGUAUGGGGCCACACUGGGCUCCCGCAUCACAGCCAAGCAAACGCUGUUUUCACUGACCAGUACAGAGCAUCCAGCAGCAACAUCAUCAGCAUCAUUGGCCCCCCACUGUGAGAUUUCGUGGUUUGCGUACAAUCCACCGCUGCCUGGCAUGUCCAAGCGCGACUAUUGCGUGUUGGAAUCUCACACUGACAUUGAAGUGCUGGACCAGUCCAAUCAUGUGCGACGUGGGUGGGUGCGGUGUUUGCACUCGAUCGACGACGUUGCAUGGUACCCGCCCGUGCCGAAUAUGGUGCGCGCGUCGAUUGCUAGGACGGGGCUUGUUUGCAUUGAAACGGACACGCCAGGGCUGUUGGAAGUGUACUAUGUGCUUGUGCCUGUGCUCACGGGCGCCGCUUGGAACGUUGCUACGAAACGAAUGGCGAAACGACAAGUGGAAAAGAUUUUACGCCUGGAACAGUUCUUGUCGUACCAGCACUUGGACUAUGGAAGGGCCAUCAGUGCGUCGGUAGUGUCCGUGAAGAACACCACCAAGUGCUGCGCUCGGUGUACGAAAACCUUCCACUGGCUUCGCACCAAGCGGCAAUGCCACCGUUGUUUGGAUGCGUUGUGUUCGUCGUGCGGGUCCAACUGGUCGGUUCGAGGCAAAAAACUAUUUGUCUGCCACGAUUGUUUUCAUCCGUCCCUGCACGACCCCGCUUGUAUGUACUAGUAUUACUAGAUAUGCCUUCUUUCAUUCAAUUUGGACAACGUUUCAUUUCAUUUGGACAACCCAACACUAAUCCAUGCAACGAACGAUAGAUGACGACUCGCUCCGAGGUCGGCAAAUGACCAUCUCCAUCACACAAGCCAAAGUGGACGGGUUAUUGGAAGCAGUGGCGACGCCCGAUGUCCUACGAGACGAUUUGGACUCGGACUCAGAGCGCUAUACGAAUGACACGACCAGCGGAGUGGACUGGGACGACGAGAUGAACCUGGUUGACGACGCCAAGUUGCUGCAGUUGCUGUGCAAUCGAGAUGCGCUGGGGAAACUGUGCCAGCAAUACAAAUUAGACCGCUGACGAAUACUACUACGGGGUAGUACGUAUACUUAUCAGGGCACGAGUCCACGGGAAGAGUUCGAGCUCGAUAGUAGUAGUACUAACGUUAUACAAUGAUUGCUAACAUUGGUAACGCAAGGCAUGAUGGUGAUCUGUCAAAUGCUUCGAAACUCUCGAGCCUUCAGCAGAAUCUGUUAAGUGAAUGGACUAAAGAACCGUCUAAG